UGUUGGCAGUCGCGUUUCUCCCCUUUUGUCGUGCAUCAAGAACAGCCGAUUGUCUGUGUCGUCCACUGUUUCCUCCCUAUCGAACAAAAAGUGUUCGGUUUUUCAGUGUCGAAUUUAUUAGUGAGUGCGUGUUAAUCCAGUUAUAAAGAGGAACCACUUUUUGGUGGUUGCCUAAGACUUGACACUCGAUUGAGAAGACAGGGACAAUGGUUGACUACUACAGAAUCCUCGAUGUCUCGCGGACAUCUUCGAGCGGUGAUAUCAAGAAAGCUUACAGAAAAUUGGCCCUCAAAUGGCAUCCAGACAAAAAUCCUGAAAAUUUAGAAGAAUCAACGAAAAAAUUUAAAGAGAUCUCAGAAGCCUACGAAGUACUAAUUGACGAUGCCAAAAGGAGAAGCUACGAUCAACGAUUAUAUCAGAAGGCAUCCUCGAGACCAGGCCGUGGAUUCACCUAUAGGAGUUUCUUUGAUUCUCCUUUCCAGCGAUAUUUCGAACGAAAGAGGCGAGUUUACGAUAAACAUGGAAAGGAAGGUCUUCAAAUGCCAGGAGGCAAGAGACGUCAUGAAGACGACUUUGACGAUGUCUUUGCCGGCACAUUUGUCUUCAGAGAUCCUGAAGAUGUUUUCAGAGAAUUUUUCGGUGGCACACCAUUUGAAGAUCUAUUUGGAGGAUUUGGUGGAAAUAUAUGGGGAGGAAGCAGGCACAGUCAUUCUAGUAACAAUAGCUUAAGCACAUCUUUCUUUUCACCGUUUGCACCAUUCAAUUUUGGUAAUUUGAUAGGCAACGGAGGUGGAGGAGGUGGAAAUUUCACAACUUUCAAUUCAGUUAACACCUUUAGUGGACCUAGCAGUGGAUCUUCUAUGAAGCGAACCAGCACGUCCACGAGAUUUAUUAAUGGAAAGAAAAUCACCACUAAAAAAGUAAUUGAAAAUGGAAAGGAGACAAUAAUGUCCUAUGAGAAUGACAUAUUGAAAUCGAAAACAGUGAAUGGAGUGCCUCAAUCCAUAACGUACAGCUAAAUUUUUCUCUCAUUCGCUCGAGCUUCAAUAAUCAAUUAAAGAAAUUCCUCUUCUCACAAUUCUCACAAUCUACUGCUAAAAAGAAAACGAAAUUCUUUGCAAAACCGACAAUGUCACUUUUAUCAAUGUUCAAUCAUGUCUGACGAUUAACACGUUUCCAUCAUGGUUGAUACGGUAAUAUUUAACCGUUCAGCCAUUAUUUGAGUAACGUUAUUUAAAAAAAAAAAAAAAACUGAAUAAAGAAAAAACAAAAUUAAAUUAAAACUUGAUGAAAGCUUUGCAUCGCUGGUCGACGUAAUGCUCUUGACUGCACACUUUCGUCUAAUCCUUCAGACUAAACUAAUGACUGUGAUAGGGCGAGCAGUUCGAGCGAGCGGAUCCUAAAUCUGAAAGUUACUAAUGGAAAGUGUCUCCAAUUUUUUUUUGUUAUCAUCAAUUUUUCGACUCUUCUUUUUUUUUUUAAUCAAGUUUAAAAAAAUGUCGACAAAUUAUCAAAAUUAUUUUAAAAAAAAAUUUGUUUUUAAUUAAAUUGAAAUUAAAAAUUUUAAAUUUGCUAUUAUCGAAUAUAAUAAUUAGCGAAUUAUUUGUACUAGUGAUAAUAAUUUAAUUUAAAUAAUUAACUUAAGAUUAUUUCAUUAUCAGGGUAUUUUGAUAAUAAUUAUCUAAUUUUGCAUUUUGAAAAGUAAUAAUUACAAAUUUUCGAUAAUAUUGAUUUAUUUAAUUCCUUAAUCCAAUGAUUUGUCGAUAUUUCAUAAAUUCAGAAAAAAAUCAAUUAGUAAUUAAGCAAUACAGAAUUCAUAUCCAUUUUUAAAUAUCACGUUCCAGUGAAAACGAAUUCUCCGAUUUAGAAGUAAUAUUUUCGAGAUAUCCGCAUUUUUAGAAGUUUUUAAUAUUUAUGUAUGGAUUUUGUUUCUUUUUUCGUUUCGUUAUUCUCAAUGAAAUGAAAAAUAUUACUUCUGUCAGAGAAUAAAUUGUCUAUAAAAAUAAAUGUAAGAUUAUUCCCGAUAAACUUGAAGGUACAUCUUACAUUGAAAGUUUAAUAAGCAUCGUAAAUAAGUGUAAUGAUUGUCAAAUAAUUAAAUUAUUCCUAUAUAGUAACAUAAAACAUUCAACAAUACAAAUUGAAACGACUUUGUGAAUCAGAAAGCUCAUUCUUAGGAGCAGUAAGUAUUUUCUCAAUAGGUUCCAUCUUUUUAGCGUACAACUUAAGUUUAUCUUAUUUUACCCUUUCACUUAAGUAUAUAUAUAUAAUAAAUAAUCGCGUAUGUGUAUAUAAUGAUAAAAAAAAAGCAAAUGUUAAGCUUCAAAACAAAUACAUUAUUAUGAUUCACUAA